AUGAACGAGUUUGAGAAUGGUGUUUCAAUGCCAGUGAGUCCUAUGGCGGAUUACUUCAGCAGCUCUGUGAUGAGUGUAUUCAUUCUUGGUGUUCUGGAAUCUGAGAUUCCAAUAGAUGACUCAAGAGCCGAGCCACUGCUUAAGGACAUUUUCCUUCCCAUCAACACACGUUUCUCUUCUAUCUUGAUGGUGGACGAAAAAGGAAAGAAACGAUGGAAGGAAGUAGACGUGUGUCUCAAGGAACACAUCAAAAUUCCCAUAUUUCCAACCACCAAUAUGCCACACAAAUUAUAUGACGACAAUCUUAACGAAUAUAUGUCAGACAUAGCUAUGGAACAGUUACCACUUGAAAAACCACUUUGGGAAAUGCAUAUAUUUAAGUAUCCAACAAGCAGUGCUGCUGGUACUUUUAUAUUUAAGCUUCAUCAUGCACUCGGAGAUGGUUACUCUCUCAUGACAACUCUGCUUUCAUGUGUUCAAAGAGCUGACAAUCCUUCUAUUCCCAUAAAUUUUCCUUCAAGUCGAAGUUCAGUGGAAUCAAAAUUCAAUAUCAAAACCAUGCUGAAGAAAUCACCUCAAACUGUCUCUAAUGUAUUUAAGAGUGUAUUUGAUUUUGGAUGGAGUGUAUUAAAAGCUAGCUUGAUUGCCGACGAUAAAACACCAAUAAGGUCAGGGCAUAAUGAUGUGGGGUUUCGACCUAUUACUAUCUCAAAUGUCUCACUCUCUCUCGAUAGCAUCAAAGAAGUGAAAAAUAAGCUUAAAGUGAGCAUAAAUGAUGCAUUGGUUGGCAUAAUUUUCCUUGGGAUUCAGUUAUACAUGGAAACAAUGAAUCAUAAAUUAAGCAAAGCUGAGACUACAGCAUUGGUGCUGCUCAAUACAAGAAAACUUAGAGCUUAUAAACCAGUGAAGGAGAUGCUUGAUGCCAAUUCUGAGGCUCCUUGGGGGAAUCGAUUCCACUUCAUGCAUGUUCCGAUUCCCAAAUUAAAUGAUGCCAGUUCUUUGAACCCACUUGAAUUUGUGUUGGAAGCCAGCAAAAAAAUCAAGAGGAAGAGAAAUUCAUUGGCAGUGCCAGGGACUGGUAUGCUUUUGGCCUUGGUGAACCGAAUCAAAGGCUCAGAGGCUGCUGCAAGAUACGUAUACAAGAUAUUGAACAAUUCAAGUUUAAGCAUCUCACACAUGGUUGGGCCAUUGGAACAAGUGGCAUUGUUCAAUCAUCCCAUCAAAGGCUUUUACUUUAUGACUGUUGGUUUAUCUCAGAGUAUCACGGUGACCAUAACAAGUUACAUGGGAUAUUUACGAGUUGGAUUUGGAGUGGAGAAAGGCUUCAUAGAUGAACACCAAUUCAAGUCAUGUUUCGAAACUGCCCUGGAGAUGAUGCUGAAAGCAGCAAGGAAUAUUGCUACCGAAACUAAGCAAUAG